GGGCGGCGGCAGCUGAUGGGCGAUGUCGUGGACGAUGGAUUUCUUUCUUGGAUGCCGGAGUCUCCAGCUGCUCCUGAUGCUGGUAAGAGGGAGUUUUGCGAGCGCUGCCUCAAGGCGGCGGUGCUGUGCGUGUGUGGCAUGAUCGGGGAGCCCAUCCACAACAGGAUCCGUGUCACCGUGCUCCAAAAUCCCGAGGAGAAGGAGCACCACUUGGGCUCUGUCCGGGUUGCAAUGCUGGGCCUCAAGAACAUCGAGGUGAUCGUCGUUCCGCAGAUCAACACGGGCACUUCUUAUCGGGUGCGUCCCAAGGUAGCGGGCUCCAACCGUUGCAUGCGUAAUGGCAGUCCCGCUGAACAGGACGAGCUUGUCGUCUGUCAGCAGCACGACAGGACCCAGCACGACUGCUGGUUCUACGGCUGUGCUACCAUGGAUCCAUAUCUCCCACGGACAGCACCCUCCUGGAUCAACCUCUCGCCGAACGCAGCUCUCAUCUUCCCCAGCGACAGGGCCCAGGACUUGCACGCAAUGUUUCCGGGCGUUAAGUUUGGCCACCGAUCGGGUGUAGAUGGAGGGGAGCAAGGCAAGGAAAGUGGCGAAGCAUGCCGAGCUCCCGAUCAGAUAAUUGUCAUAGAUGGGACGUGGUCCAAGGCCAGGCGGCUUUACAUGGAGAACCCGUGGCUGUUCCAGCUGCCGCAGUACAAGUUGCCCGCCAGUUUCAAGAGCAUGUACGAGUUCGUGAGGCCCGAGCCCCGGCCUGGCUGCAUGUCAACUCUCGAGGGAAUCGUCUAUGCACUCAAGGUCUUUGAGCCAGAGGCAACGGGGCUGGAGUCGCUGCUAGACGUUUUUGAGGCCAUGAUCCAGAAGCAGCGGGAGUACAUGCUAAUGAAAACUCACAAACAUGGGGAAUAGCAAACACUCUUUGAUAUACAAACUCUUUACAGUCUGAGUAGGUGUAUACACUCAAUUUUGGAUUCAAUCGUAUCAAGAGAGAGAUUUGCUA